AUGGAUGAGGGGGGCAUUGUAUUGGCCGUGCUGCUGGCCGCAGUGGCUGUCGCUGCUGUUACGGCACCCCUGCUCGUGCUGUUGCCAGGCGUGGAUGAGCUUUUGAGGCGCCUCAAAGAUGGGAGCACGGAUGAUAUGGCCGUGAUGCUGACAGCGCUGCUGGCCACAUUGCCUUUUGUUGCUGUGAUCGAUCGUGCUCUCCUGGUAGUGACAGGCGGCCAUGCCCCUCUCGAGUCCCAGCUCUCUAUGACAGGAGCUGUCAACGGGGAUUUGGAGGAGGAAUUGGUAGCAGCAAAAUUGGAACUGGAGGGGAAAUAUGUUGUAAUGAAGGGGCAGUUGACUGGACAGAGGGACGGGUUGGGGAAGGCAGGGAAGGAAGUGAUGGGUGUCAGGGAGGAUGUGAAGCCUCAUGGGGCUGAUGACGAGCCUUGA